AUGGCUUUUGUAGUUGCAAAUGUGUUUGCAGCCGCUUGCGUGUGCAACGCGGUCGCCGCUGUCGGCAUAAAGCACGAUAGAUCGUUGCCAAUCAGACCAGUCGUUACACCGUCGCACAACCGCCGCACUGCUGCGUCCGGCGCACAGCCGCCGGAACCGCCGAGCGAUGCCUUGAGCGCAGAACAGUCGUUCAAUCAGUUCCUGAACACACAUCAAGACGGUUCGGACUAUCCAGCGGAUUCCGCGUCCGGAGUAACGAACACCAUGGUGUCACCCAUGGGGGCUUACGGCCCGAUCCUCGUCGUCUACUUGACGUACGGUGGUCGAACCCCUUACAGGACAUUCUCAGAGGUCCAGGGGAUGUUCUGGGACGUUCCAGGCGUCAACCAUGCUCUGUACCAUAAUUCGUGGCACCAGAUGUGGCUUCAGUCCUCUGACGUCGACUUCCUCCAGAUGGAGUCGCCUCAGGAUCCAGCAACCUGGGGAUAUCGUUUGUCCUCUCUUACGAUGGGCGUAUACUUCUCAGCGCCGUACCAGGCACAGAUCAGCAGAAGAACCUACAGAAACACGCUGGUGUUUGCACCUGGGGACCUCUUCAUGGCCACUGCUUAUGCCCCGACCAGCGGCUGGUGGAACGGGUUUGCCCAGUUCUACCACGCAGCUCAGACCUGGCAAACCAUCGUCCACGAGGUCGGGCACUCGUGGGGAAUGCAUCAUGCAGGAGGUUACUUGCAGACCGGAGAAUUCAAUAAUUACCUCGACGACGCGAUCAUGGGCUAUCAGCGGGAGUGGCGGGCCGCGGACGCCAAUGUGGUCCAUCGAUACAGGCUCGGUUGGCUCUCGGGCGCCGAGACAGUGGAGUUCACUCGGGGGUCUGCGGCCACGGCUGUCGACCUGUCUCCUCUCAACGAGGGGCCCGACGGGCCAGGAUUUUUGCUCAUGAAGCUCCCGUGCGAUGAGUGCAUAGGGGACAAGGCAUCUACAGCAGGUGCGGGUGCUCUCUACCUUUCCUUUCGUGUGGCGGAUGGACCGAACCUCUACGGGGUGGGGGGGGAGGCCGACCAUAUUUACCUAUACGACAUCUACAGUCGCGCACGUCUAGUCCUGGUUGACCGCGUUCAUGUGCACUUCCAGCCCGAUGCGAAUCAGAUGACCGAGUUGUGGACUACAUUGGCUGCGGGAGAUACGUUCUCCAUACCCACUGCCACGAUGUGGAUUCAUGUUUGCAGCAUCGAUGUUGCGAGCUAUGCCAAGGUAAGUGUCUCAGACACCAGCGAAGCUUCGGCGCGGGCCAGGUGUACGAUGCCAGCGGAGACGACAGCACCGAUAAAAGCGCCGACACCAGCACCGACGCCCGUGCCGACACCAGCACCGACGCCAGCGCCGACACCAUCGCCGACGCCAUCGCCGUCACCAUCGCCGACGCCAGCGCCGACACCAGCACCGACGAAGUCACCGACACGAGCGCCGACGCUAGUACCGUCACCAUCACCGACGCCAGCACCGACGCCAGCGUCGACGCCAGCACCGACGCCAUCACCGACACCGGCACCGACGCCGCAACCGACGCCAUCGCCGACACCAGCACCGACGCCAGCACCAACAAAAGCGCCGACGCCAGUACCGACAGCAGCACCGACGCCAUCACCGUCACCAUCGCCGACGCCAGCACCGACAAAGGCGCCGACGCCAGCACCGACGUCAGCGCCCACGCUUUCACAUUCACCAUUGCCAAUGGCGUCGUCGGCGGGAACACACUCCUCUGGCGUUGUCUCCGGCUUGGGCGACCCCCACCUCACUAACAUGUACGGCGAGCGGUUUGAUCUUUACCGGACAGGCAAAAACGUCCUCUUGCAGAUUCCGCGAUGGAGCAGCGGCAGUAGCGCGUUGUUGCACUUGGAGGCCGACGCCACACGCAUGGGCGACCAGUGCGCUGACGUGUAUUUCCAGAUGGUGACAAUAUCUGGGGCCUGGACGAAUAAGACAGAAGCAAUGCGGUUCUUCGCGAACGGUGACACGCUCGGCAUGCCCAGUAGCAUGACUUGGAUGCGCUUCGGCAAGGUUGAUUUAAAGGUAGUGCAUGGCAAAACUCAGCAGGGUACAGACUACCUCAACGUCUUUGCCAAGCACCUUGCCCGUGCCGGGUUUCCAGUUGGUGGCCUUCUCGGCAUUGACGACCACACUGCGGCCAGCGCCCAGCCGUCCGAGUGCACCCGCUCUUUCUCGCUGUAA